CACUGGAUCUAGAUUAUUGCGCAAUUCAAGUGAGAAAUGAGUUCACUUUCUCAUGUUGGAUAUUGGAAGUACCUAGCUAUCAACUUGGCGUGGUUUCACUGUAGAACACGUUUUGUUUGCCAGUGCAUCCGAUGUGACACACCCAGAACGUGUGACUAAGCUCAACUGACCGUCUGGUAUUGGAGUAUCUUCGCUCUCGAGGACACAAGGAUGCAGAAAGGGCUCUUAAUGAAUCACUUGAAAGCGGGAGCGUAGAUGAGUCUGCGAAAGACUGUAUCUGCUGAAGACCUCAUCAAGACUCUUGCUGUUUAUGCACAAAAGCCAUCGCGCCCGGGGGACAAUGUAUUGAAGGAAAAUGCAAAUGUUCUACAGGAACUGACGGCGAUGGGAAAUCCGCCGAGUAUACAGACCUUGAUUGCUAGCCUUGGGACUGUUGGCGCGGAAGAUAUUCUGUCUGUUGAUCCAACGGACAAGGAAGAGGCAUUCCGAGAGCUCUCGAAGCGUGGGUUGAAGGUUCACUUGACCGUCCAUCUACAAGCGAGGAUUCAAGGAAGCUGCCCUGCGCUUCUACGCGACGUAUUCGCCGUCUUUAGCCCCGAUGCAUCACGCUACUUUACAUCAUCUCUCGACUCUCCUGCUUCCCUUUUACAUGUUCAAAAUCAUAUGAUGCACAGCGCUUCAAAAAUGAAAAUAUAUUAUCAAAAUGAGCCGGUCAGGUUUCAGCUUGUUGGUGGGAUGGCUGACAGAAGGAGUUGGAGGUGAAGCCACUGGCGCAGGGGAUGGCUUCUCUGGCGAGAAAGGAAAGAGAGGCCGAGCAGCAAUUAUGCGAGUGGUGAACAACCAUCUUCGCUUUGAUGUGACCUCCGCGAGCGCUACAGCAGUUUCGCCCAAUGCAUGGGAAGAAUCGACUGGCCUGCUGUCGCAACUCAUUCCGCAAACAAGCGCUUCUGCCACUCCU